GCAAACCUGGACUUCGAACGAUGAUCGAUCGUCCUCCGAAAUAUAGGAGGAAAACCCUACGCUGUGCCCAUGCGAUUGACCCUUCGCACUACUAUUAACGCGGUUCCGCGGGUUUCAUCGAUGAUGGCAGGGACUCUCCGCGUGAUCUCCUGGGAGAAAUCCGCAGAGGAGAAGUCAUCAACAGAUGAUGUGGAAAGCAGUGACGAGGAUGAUCCGGAGAUCUUGAAAUUUGCACGACAAUGUGUUUGUUACCCGCCGCCCAAAACGAUAGCGAGAACGAUGCAACUGACCAGCCGAAAAAUUCAAAGGACCAAGGCGAUGAUCUUGGGUGAGCCCCUCGUGCAGAUUUCGAGGAUGGUCGAUUCUCUGGAACCCCCUCAAACUCUGUACGAAGGAAUCACACCUCUCCUCGCCCGGUAUAGCGACAAGAAGCACUACGGUGACAUUACGGAUCUACCCAAGUUCUUACUAACCUCGACUAAAGAAGUGAGAUUGUUACGUUUGGGGGCGGAAGCAAGCUCUCUGGAACCCCCUGGGCGUUUUGAAGCAGAAACAGACGGACUGGAGAUAAAGAUCGCAACUAAGGAAGUGCCAUGGCAGGAUGUUUGUGACGGGAUUACCCCGGAAGGACACAUGGCAAUCCGAGAAGAAGAUGCUCAGAUGAUGGCCACGGUAUUCUCCUGGCGAUCGGAUCAUUCAUUCAUCUCGGCGCCCCCACCCGACUUGACAAAACAGGCGAACACGAAACAGAUUGACGUUCGGAUCUGGGACCAACUUUUUGAACUGCACGUUCCACAAUAUGUGCCGGAUGAAAUCCACCGGCAAGAGAUGAACAUGACGUUCCAAGACUUCAUCAACAAAACACGGCUGAUGCAAGGGAUGAUUAACUUUUGCAUGAUCGUGUACAUGGGCGACAUCCUGGUGUACUUGGAAACCUAUCACGGGCAUGUGCAACAUAUCGAAUGGACAUUGGGUGCAUUGAGAGACGCUGGGUUCAAGAUUGCGCUUGAGAAGAGCGAAUUUUUCCUCUCGGAAAUUUCGUUCUUAGGCUACGCCAGGACACGUGGAGGAUUGCGGCCGGACUCGAGAAAAGUUCCGGCAGUGAAGGAAGCUCCGGUUCCCACGUCACUGACGCAAGUUCGAGCCUUCCUGGGACUGGCGUCGUACUACCGGCGCUUCAUCAAGGGCUUUGCCGUGAUUGCACGACCACUAACGAAUCUGUUACGGAAGGACCAACCUCUCAGCUGGGACGCGGAGUGCCAACAGGCCUUUGCAACCCUCAAGGACGCUCUGGCAACGGCCCCUAUUUUGAUUCGACCGGACCCCUCGAAGCAGUUCAUUCUCAUCGCGGACUGGCAACCGGAGGCUAUUUUCGCUAUUCUAGCGCAAAAGGGGAACGAUGGUCACGAACACGUCAUCGAGUACGCGUCACGAACCGUGCCGGACGAACGAAGAAACGACUACGCACCUCAGGGUGAGUGUUACGCGGUAGUUUGGGGAAUCCAACACUUCCAUCCGUAUCUCUACGGACAGAAGUUUCGCCUCGUAACGGAUCACGAGCCUCUGCUGGCGCUGAAGAAACUUACCAACUACACGGGCAUGAUUGGCCGUUGGGCGGUGCGACUACAAGAAUACGACUUCGAUAUGGUCUAUCGGAAGACAGAGCGACACGGCAACGCGGACAGGCUGACACGUCUGCAUCGACCUGCCAAGUGGGCGGCGCUGAGAGCAGAAGAGGAGGCCGAAGAAGAAUCGGAAGGAGAAUUGAGGAGAGAGGUCGGGGAAGUAGCGGCCCGAUUGGAGGAGGAGGAGGAAGAAGAGCGCGAAGCAGAAGAAGAGUCGGCAGAAGCGGAAAAAGAAGAAGAAGAAGAAGCAGAGGAGGAGACUUCAGAGGAAGAGGAAGAGGCCUAUAGUGAGUACAGCGAGGGCGAGCAAAGUGAGGAGGAGGACGAAGAAGUGGAAAGCGGGGACGACCCGAAGCCAACGCACCACGAGCUCGAGUGGGUGCCAGGACCGGAUCAACGAGAGGAAAACCCUGAGGCUGCUGCGCAGCGCAAGAAAGAAAUCACGGAAGGAAAGCGGCUGGUGGUCGAUCCCGCACCGAACAAUCCUUUCCAGGAUCCCGAGCCGCCCAAGCUAGAGCAUGGAGACCUUGCUGCCACGACCUCAAGAGCCGCGACGACAAGGCGCCGACCCCGAUCCCGGUCCACGUCCCCCUCUGCCUCCGCUCGUCCCUCAAUUCGUCAACGUGUCAUCGAGGGGCUUAGCCCUUCGUCCCCGAUCCAUAUACCACCAUCCCCUUAGCUAUCACUCUUUCAAUCAGUACUUCCAUCGCGUCGUCUACCCCCAUAA